AUGCAGCUGCCGCCCGCGGUGCACGCCCGGCUGGCGGCGGGGCCCCGGGCGGCUGAGCCGCUGCCCGUGGAGCGAGACCCCGCGGCCGGGGCCGCGCCUUUCCGCUUUGCAGCGCGCCUGGUGCGCUUCCCGCGGGAGCAUGAGUUCUUUGAGGAAGGGGACGUGCAGCGGCACCUCUACCUCCAGGAUGUGCUUACGGGGGUCGCCGGGGUCCCCGAGAGGCCCAGGGUGCCUGAGUUCACCUGUCAGAUGGCGGGCUGCUGCCAGGUAUUCGACACCCUGGAGGAUUAUGAGCAUCACUACCACACUCUGCACAGAAACGUGUGCUCCUUUUGCAAGCGGGCCUUCCCCUCGGGGCAUCUGCUGGACAUCCACAUCCUGGAGUGGCACGAUUCCUUGUUCCAGGUCCUGUCUGAGCGGCAGGACAUGUAUCAGUGCUUGGUGGAGGGCUGCACAGAGAAGUUCAAGACCAGCAAAGACAGGAAGGACCACCUCGUGAGACAUCACCUCUACCCUGGGGACUUCCGGUUUGAUAAACCAAAGAAAGCCAAAGGCCCAGCCUCUCCCCUGGCUGCCAUGCAAGUGCCGGCAGAAGCCAUGAGGGACGAUGGGGACACCAUGGAAGUCUGCUCUGACCACGUGGCGCCGCCCCCAGAACCCGUGGGCGAGAAGCGGACCUCCCGCCACAGAAUACCUUCCACCGUCUGUUUUGGUCAAGGUGCAUCGAGAGGAUUUAAAAGUACCAAGAACAGAAAUAAGCACCAGUGA